AUGGCACUGAGAAGACAGAGACGCGUGCGAACCUUCCAAGAGCGGAAGAAUGUCUUUGAAAUGUUUGAUGACUUUCAGUUAAUUAAACGAUAUAGACUGGACAGAGCAGGAAUCAUAUUUGUCACUGACUUAGUGAGAGAUGUCAUCUCACCAUCAACUACACGCAGCAACGCCAUCCCAGCUGAAUUAAAAGUAGUGCUGAUGCUUCGUUUUCUUGCUACAGGAAAAAUGCAGCAGUGUAGUGCUGAUGAUUUGGGACCAUCCCAACCAACAAUUAGCCGAGUUGUCAUGCAAACAAUUAUGGCACUUACAGCGCGACACAUUGUCACCCGUUUUAUUGACUUUCCAACAACACCCCGUGUCAUCCAACAGAAGCAAACCCAGUUUAUGCAGAUAGCUGGAUUUCCAGGAGUUGUAGGUGCAAUUGAUGGCACUCACAUAAAGAUCAUUGCUCCCAGCAUUAAUGAGGAUGUUUAUGUGAACAAAAAGAGGUACCACAGCAUCAACACUCAAGUUGUGUUUGAUGCAGAAUACAACAUUUUAGAUGUUGUACCCAAAUGGCCUGGGUCAACCCAUGACGCUCGGAUUUUCACUGAAAGCGGCCUGAACAAACUCUUUGAAACAGGACUUGUGCCACCCGGAUGUCAUCUUUUAGGUGAUAAAGGAUAUCCCUUACGCAGGUGGCUGCUCACACCGUUUUCCAGAGCAGUGACGGAAGCCCAAAUCAACUACAAUAGGGCACACCGUUCUACACGAAGUGUGGUAGAAAGAGGGAUUGGCCAGUGGAAGCGCAGAUUCCACAUUUUACAUUCUGAAAUUCGGUACAGUCUGGAAAAAGUGUGCCGAAUCAUAAUGGCAUGUGCAAUUCUGCAUAAUAUUUGUAAGAAGCGCAACAUCCCUUCCCCCCCAACACUGGAGAACCGUGAUGACGGUGAUGAAGAUGGAGAUGAGAGCACCCCUGCCAGCACACGUGAUGCGACAGGCUACAGACAACACUUUGCAAUCCUUCAUUUUAGUUCCUGUAUGUCAUUCGGGAGUGAGUCCUUUACCAGACCUCCUUCAGACGCCCACUCUUCCUCCGGCCAGUCAUGACUUGAGGUGUUUGGAAGCUCGGUCAAAAACGGAGGAGCAGAUGGAGAAUCUGUGCUCAAGCCAGCAGGGUCCAUAGCACGAGCAGCUUCUUCAUUACUGACGAUGCAAUCAAUUUGAAGUGAUAAUUAGCAUCACAGUGUUUGUGUGAAAAUGUAAAUAAAUGACUAAAAAAACUUGCCUUUGAGAUAGGUUUUCAAAUUUCAAUAAUGCAGGAUCCUGACCCCCGUCCACACCA